AUGACCAACCCUACCCAGCUCAGCUAUGAUCUGGGUUUCGUGAUUGCAAAGACUAACGACUCUUAUGGCCGUCCCACGCGGGGAGACCCACAUGAAUUUCAAAAGCAGAUCAAGAAUUACAUCGAUUUGCCUGGCAACAGGGGUCAAUCUGCCGAGAGAAUGGCAGCUACAUGGCUGAACAGCAAUUUUCGUACUUUUGAUCACAGAGAAGAUAUUGGCGUUCAUAGAACGUGGACCGAAGACCAAGAUAUUAUAAAAGAAAAGUUUUUCCAACUUUUCCGACUCAUCGGGCCUAAAGAGCCGAAGCAGUUGGGUACAGGAUAUUCCUCCGGAGGGUACAGCCAACCUCCUCACCGCAACACUGGUUUUGAGAAUUUUGCCCAGCCUCGACUUCGAAAUGUGGGCGGAGUGGAUCUUGGUGAAAAUGCUGGGCCACUAGAAAGGUUGGCAAAAAAAGAUGCAACACUUAUUACCUCAAUGCGUCAAGAUGGUUGGGACGCCAACUUACCCCAGGUUUUUGCAUCCAAGAACGCCCUCAUCAACGCGCUCCAAACUACGGUGAACAAUUUGAGCCACGACAAACUUCCAGGGUCACUUUGCCUAAGCCCGAACCGGCUCGAAAUUCGUAUUGGGCUCUACCUCACUACCACAACCCAGAAGGUCUUCGCUUCACAAUUCAUAAUACAAGACAAACGUGGUGGGUGGGCGAUCUUUGAGGACGCGGAUCGGAAGAUGACAGGACGAUGCAUUUACGCAAUGACCAACUCAGGAAAUUCCCAAUUCAAGAAAGGCUAUCAUGGGUGGCUCGGUGGCUUUCAAGGUUUCAGCAAGAAAGCGAUUGCUCACACUGAAGGGAAUUAUGAUUUCCAUCCGAGGGAAACUCAGGGCGAAUCAGAAGGGAGCGUCAACAAUGUCGAUGGGCCAGAUACUGAAUUGACGGAAAGUGAUGAUGGAGAUGGAGAGUUUCCGGGCUUACCCUAUGACACUACCAUCUCGAAGAAGAGCAUGAGAUCUGGAGCCGGUGCACGGAAAGCUGGCGCAGCCUCCUUUCAUGCAGGAGCGAGCAUACCGAAUCGUUCACACUCUGCAACAGGACGAAGUCAAAUUAGUCCUGCCGCAGAUGUGCAGAAAUCUUACAAACGAGUUCGUUCUGUCAGUCCUACAGAAUCGUCAAUGAGGUUCAAUGGCUCCGCAGGGGUCCAACAUUUCCGUCAGCAAGGAGGAGAGAAAGCACUGAGCACCUUUCUUCAUCCAAAUAGUCACUCAAGAGAGGUCUCACCGUUACGGCAAGAUGCGCACAGAAGUGCUGGUCCUACCGAUCUUGAUACCUCGUCCACUAGCCGCGCCUUGGAGACUAUGAUUGAUAGAAAUCUACAUACAGUCAUGACUGCCAACAAUAUCGACGCAUGCAACGUUAAGAUGUCCGAUAGUCUCAGCACAGCUAUUGUGGAAUGGGGACAGAUGUUGGACCUCGCCGAGAACUCAUUGGACAUACAAAAGCGACUGUCAGCUCCAGGAUAUCGGGAGAACAUGAAUGCAAUCAUGAGCUCUCGAGCUUCCCGAGAGGACAUGAAAAAGGUCUACUUCGACAACAAUAACAAGCGUGAAGCACUCAUGAACGUCGGUGCUCCAGCUGCGAUUGCCAAACACAUCUUUACACAUGACCACGACCUCGACAAAGUCCCCUCUCUUCUUUCCAACUGGAUAGCUUCAGCGAGAAAUGCCAAUGAUCCAGUACAAUGGGCUCUCUCUGAAGAUGACUGUACGGACACAGCUAGCACGCGCCGACCUGAUACUAGCUCGUCUCGCCGUUCAGGUCGACCAGAGACCAGAAUAUCUUACGAACAGCCUGUGAGACGCCAGGAGGUUUCAACCACGAGAAUGGAAUACCCAUUGAUCUCCUGGCAGGGUCUUACAUGA